AGUCCUGAGAGUUUCAAAGUCGCAAGAAGAUGCUGUUGCGUGUGAUCGUUUCAGCAAAGGACAUUAGAAAGCUCCGCUUGGACUCAGUUCCAGAUUCCGUUGAUGGCCUGAAACGGGUGUUGAAAAACAAACUGCAGUUACACUCUUCAUUUGACCUUCAAUAUGAAGAUGAGGAUUUCAAAGACUUCUGUAACCUCACGUGUGUUGACGAUCUACCAAAGGACAAGGUGACAUUGCAAGUCAUUUUCUGCCCUGUCUCUUCAGACUCAAGUUUGGACACUUUUGGCUCUGCUGUACCUUUGUCUCCGGCAGCAUCUUCUUCAGCUCAAACAUCAUCUCCGACGACAUCUUCUUCAUUGAGCAGCCAAACAGAGUGCUUUGCAGGUCAGCGUUCACAGCAAUGGCCAGCUCAUUUUCACAUUCCCACCUUCUCAUAUGAUGUUGAGCUGAGGCUCAGGCAGGGCAAUGAUGCUUUUAGAGAAAGUGGAGCACUUCUAUCCAUUUCAAGGGACAUGAAGUCUGAGAUUCUGCUCAAACUUGUUGAAAAAAUAUAUUCAUUCAUGACCUACCCUACACUUGAACAUUUUGGAUGUGUAGCCAAGGCACUCGUUGAAAAACACCCUUGCCUUACAGAACCUGGCUCCACAUGUGGAUGGUAUGGAUGGAAACACAGCAUAAAGUUCAAGAUGGGCAAUUACAGACAGAAAUUGAAAAAUUUGGGCUGCCGAGAACUGGAGGUUAAUUCUGAGAAAAGAGGUGCUGGGGACACACGAGGGAAGAGAAACAAAGUGAAGAAACCUCGACGGUCUGAAACAAAUUUUCUUCCAGAUCUCCCCCAGGGAAAAGACAGCCGAAGUCUUGAAGAAGAUAGAGAAAAGAUGGUCCAGGAGAUGAGAAAAACCACCCCAAACCUGGCCUACAUCGAUGAUGCAAUGAAUGCCACAUACGCACUGAGAAGACAGGAGAUUGUUGAAGAGGAGCCACCUGUGGCCGAAAUGAGAGUCAGAUGGCCAGCCCUUUUUACUGAAAGACAGAUCAUCAAGGAAUUCACCAGACUCAUGUCAAUGGACAUCAAUAAGUUCUAUGAGGGUCUGGACAGCCAUCUGCAUAAACUUCUUCAGUUAUUCCGGUUGAAGCGCUUCGAGGAAGUUCAAGAAAUGACAUCCUUAAUGGAGAGUCUCGACAAGGAUGCAUCAAACCAAAGGAAGAGAGCAGCAGCUUUGCAGGGGCUGCCAUGGUACGUGAAGGAAAAUCCUUCUACAUUGAUGAAGAGAUGUGAGGUAAGCAGCAAAAUGUUGUUCAACAAAAACAAGUUCACAAUGGGCAUGCCAACAGAUCCUGGAGAGGAAGUCAUCAAGGGAAUGAUGAUUGGAAUCCUUUUGGUCGUUGAAGAUGUGAAGGAGCCCCUUCCAGUUUCCUACAACGAUGUUGCCAUCGUCAUUGAGGAAAAGAUUGUCAUGCGUCAUCUUGGUGAUGUACCCAACGCUUUUGUGAACCUGAUGGGCCUGCUGUACAUGCUGAACCUUGACUAUCCAAAAGACACAAAUAUACUUUUGAGGUGA